AAUCCUGGCCACAGCUCAUACCUUCGCCUUCGCUGCCUUCAGGUCCAGAGAGACCCUCGAUUUGAUGACCUGUCUGGAGAGUAUAAUCCUGAAAUAUUUAUGAAGACCUACAGCUUCCUGGACAGCAUCAAGAAGCAGGAGAAGGAGAUGGUUCAGAAGCAGCUGAAAAAAUGCAGGAAUGAGGAGCAGAAGGAGAAACUCCAGCAGCUCCUGAACCGCAUGACACAGCAAGAACAGGAGCAGAAAAAACAGCAGCAAAGGAGGGAGAGGGAGCUGUUUUUGAAGAGACAACAGAGGGAAUUGGCCAAGCAGGGAAAGAAACCCUUCUUCCUAAAGAAAUCCGAGAAGCGGAAACUGGAGCUCGCUGAGAAGUAUGCGGAGCUCAAGAGGAGUGGAAAGCUGGAGAGCUUCCUCAGCAAGAAGAGGAAGAGAAACGCCAUCAAAGACAAGCGCCGUCUGCCCUCACAGAAGGACUGGUGACUGCUGGACAGACAUGCUGUUGUCUGGCAUGGGGCCUCGCUCUGCCCUGGCCAGGCCUGGAAGGUGGCCAUCCCUCUUCCCCCUAUCUGCCUCUCACCGCACAGCGAUGCUGUUGGGCAGCCGAGCAGAGGCUGAACUGAAGGAAAUAGCGCUUCUUGUAGCUGAAAUGUCCUCUUCACUUGCAGUUUACACCACGUCUGGGUGGUGACAAGUCUGUCGUGUAGAUGCACGUGGUGUUGACAGCUGUCUCUGUCCUUGCACCUGCUCGUCUCUUCCUCUAGCGACGGGAGCAGGAGCCCUGCUCUGUGUCGCUGCCUCUCCUGCAGGUCUUCUCAGACACCAACUGAGGUGGGAAAGGACCUCAGGUGGGAGGGCUCUGGUUGCAGUGCCUGCUCUGAGCAGGGCUAGCACUGACUUCAGACCAGGUUGCCCAGGGCUUCUUCAGUUGGGUCUGGCAAUGUCCAAGGACAAACAUUGCCACUUCUCUUGGUCUCUCCUCCACUGCUUCAGGUUCUCAAGAUGAAAACUAUUCUUUUCUUUGUUUUUUUUCCCUCCUCCGGGAAACCUGGCUGGGUUUAGUCCAUAAUCACUGUCUUGUUCUCAGUGAAGUGCCUGGCUCUGUCUUCUCAGUAGCCUUGUCGUAGGUCUAGGGGGGUGGGUGGGAAGGGGUGCUCUUAGGUCUCCCCUUUCUGAGGGUGAAUAAACCCUGCUCCAGUGCUCCAACCUUCUGACAACUGUCACAUCCUCAACUGCUGGAGUCAGCCCAGAGGACCAACAUCUAUCUUCCUGGAGGUCCAGCCUGGGAUGUGGUACCUGGGUGUAGUCUCCCAGGUACUGAGUAACGGGAGGGAGGAGCGUGGGCUGUGUCCUGGUGGGGCUGCCCUUCCUCACA